UAUCUCUGUAAAAAGCAACAACCUUUAUUUUAACAUAAUAUAAUGACACCCCUUUUAAGCUGUAUAGAACCUUCUUCUUCUUCUCUGCUACGACCAAUUGAAUGCAUUCGUUUAGUCAAUCAAUCAUUACUCUUCUUCAGAACUCCAUAUCAUCGUCAUCCACAUCUCUCCCACCAUUUUAAUUCCACUCAAUUCCCAUCUGGGUUCGUUCAAAAUGGUCGCAUUUGUUAUCAAACACCUACAAUUUGUCACCUUUUUGUUACAAAUAGCACGCCUCUGAUUCUUCUCUGAACCCCUUUUUGGGAAAAAGAAAAAGGGCAAUUCUACUUUUUAAUAAUAUUAUUAUUAUUGUUGGUAUUGUUAUUGUUGCGAUUAAGAGGGAACUGUUUCAAAUUCGAACGUAUUGAUUUAUAUAAAAGGGAAAAAGAGUGGCGAAAACCGUGAAAUGGAGAAAUUAGAGGAUUUUGAAGAAGGGUUUGAGUCUUCAACAGUUUCUUCAUUGGAUCAAGGAGCAGUUGAUGAUGACCAUGAUCAUGAACACGAUCAAUCACCCACGAUAAAUUCGACACUCAGUGGUCGUUCGUUUGCGUACUAUAGAACUAACUCAGAGACUUCAGCUUUCUCUGAGCAGUUAACGGAUGAUCUUAACAGCUGUUCGUCGGAGACGCAGUCUCCGGUUUGCUGGCCGGCUGCCGGGAGAUCCCCUUACCGGCCCGCCCUGUCAAGAUUUGGAGUAAAGAAACCGACUCACACAUUUGAAACUGAAAAAGAUAAGCUUGAGAGUCAUGAACCUAUGGAUUUGGAGCUCGAAAUGAUGAAAGAAAGAUUCGCUAAACUUUUAUUGGGAGAAGACAUGUCUGGCAGCGGCAAAGGAGUUUCUACUGCGGUUACUGUUUCUAACGCCAUUACAAAUCUUUACGCUUCUAUGUUUGGCCAACAUCAAAAGUUAGAGCCGUUGCAUCCCGAGAAGAAGAUGAUGUGGAAACGGGAGAUGAACUGCUUACUCUCGGUUUGUGAUUACAUCGUUGAAUUUAUACCAACGUCGCAUAGUUUACAGAACGGAAAAGCCAUGGAGGUGAUGUCUAGCCGACCAAGAUCGGAUAUUUAUAUCAACCUUCCAGCGCUAAAGAAGCUCGACGCGCUCCUGUUGGAAAUAUUGGAUAGCUUCAAAGAGACAGAAUUUUGGUAUGUGGAGCAAGGAAACAUGUCGGGAAAUUCAAGAUCGGGGUCAUUUCGAAAAAUUCCUCUGCCUCAGAGAAAAGACGAGAAAUGGUGGUUGCCCAUUCCUUGCGUGAGCCCCGAAGGACUCUCGGAAAAAGCCCGAAAGCAUUUGAGACAAAAACGUGACUCCGCUAAUCAAAUCCACAAAGCAGCAAUGGCCAUCAAUAGCAGCAUUUUAGCAGAAAUGGAAAUUCCUCAUACAUACAUCACUUCUCUUCCUAAGUGUGGACGAACAAGUGUGGGGGAUACAAUAUACCGAUAUAUGACUUCCGGAGGGAAGUUUUCACCCGAAUACCUUCUCGACUGUCUCAACAUAAGCUCGGAACACGAGGCACUAGAAUUGGCUGAUCAAGUCGAGGCUUCUAUGUAUACAUGGAGACGAAAAGCAUGUGCAAGCUAUUCCAAAACAUCAUGGGAGAAGGUUAAACAACAUGUGGCCGAGACAGAACGUGUUGACAAGAAUGUUGUACUAGCUGAACGAGCCGACAGUUUGUUGUUUUCCUUAAAGCAACGGUACCCAGAGCUGUCGCAAACGACACUAGACACAAGCAAGAUCCAAUACAACAUGGAUGUGGGACAAGCAAUAUUGGAGAGUUAUUCAAGGGUGUUGGAAGGUUUGGCAUUUAAUAUUGUUGCUUGGAUAGAUGAUGUUUUGUUUGAAGAUAAAUCAAUGAGAAACCAAGAAUCAUAGAGGGGGGUUCAUAAGGUCUUGUGUUGAAGACAACUUCAAUGUAGGCAUUUCUUGCAUUGUUUUUUUGUGCCUUUUAUUUGCCUCAAGUAAAUGGAGUUAACAAAAGUAGAAACUUUAUUAACGGGUUAUAAUUA